AGGGCGCCGAACUGCUCCAACACUGCGGGCCGCCUGGGCGCAGACAACCGCCCUGUGAGCUUCUACAAGCUGGAGUAUAGUCGGCUCGCUGCAGACUGCCUGCUUGCCGCUCCCAUGACUCUCCUGCCCCGGCCUGCGAGCUGCCUCGGAUUGCCGGCACGCGCCACCACCCCUGCCUGCUUUUUCUCCUUUGGCUGGAGGCGCGGUUUCGCCAUGUUGGCCAGGCUGCUCUCCAGCUCCUGACCUCGAGUGGUCUGCCCGCCUCGGCCUCCCGAGGUGCUGGGACUGCAGACGGAGUCCCGCUCACUCGGUGCUCGGUGUUGCCUGGGCUGGAGUGCAGUGGCGUGGUCUUGGCUCGCUGCAGCCUCCGCCUCCCAGCCGCCUGCCUUGGCUUCCCAGGGUGCUGGGAUUGCAGCCUCUGCCCGGCCGCCGGUGGCCGUCUGGGAGGUGGGGAGCGUUUCUGCCUGGCUGCCCAUCGUCUGGGAUGUGAGGAGCGCCUCUGCCCGGCUGGCCCGUCUGGGAGGUGAGGAGCGCCUCUGCCCAGCCGCCACCCCGUCUAGGAAGUGAGGAGCGUCUCUGCCUGGCCGCCCAUCGUCUGGGAUGUGAGGAGCGCCUCUGCCCGGCCGCCCCGUCUGGGAAGUGAGGAGCGCCUCUGCCCGGCCGCCCCAUCUGGGAAGAAGUGAGGAGCAUCUCUGCCCGGCUGCCCCGUCUGGGAAGAAGUGAAGAGCUCCUCUGCCCGGCCGCCCCGUCUGGGAAGUGAGGAGCGCCUCUGCCCGGCCGCCACGUCUGGGAAGUGAGGAGCGCCUCUGCCCGGCCGCCCAGUCCGGGAACUGAGGAGCCCCUCUGCCCGGCCGCCACCCCAUCUGGGAAGUGAGGAGCGCCUCUGCCCGGUCGCCCCGUCUGGGAUGUGGGGAGCGCCUCUGCCCGGCCGCCCCGUCUGGGAGGUCUACCACGGAGGCCAGAAGCAAUGUGGGGGCUGGAUGUGGUGGCUCACGCCUGUAGUCCCAGCACUCUGGGAGGCCGAGGUGGGUUGAUCGCUUGAGGCUAGGAGUUCGAGACCAGCCUGGCCAACAUGGCGAAACAUGAAAAAUACAACAGGCAAACCAACCAACCAACCCAGCGACAACAAAACAGGUUCCCACUGAAGGAUGGUCCCCGGCUGCAGGCCUGGCUGCGGCACAUGGGCCGUGAGCACUGGGUGCCCAGCUGCCACCAGCACUUGUGCAGUGAGCACUUCACACCCUCCUGCUUCCAGUGGCGCUGGGGUGUGCGCUACCUGCGGCCUGAUGCAGUGCCCUCCAUCUUCUCCCGGGCACCACCUGCCAAGAGUCAGCGGAGGACCCGAUGCACCCAGAAGCCAGUCUCGCUGCUGCCUCCCCUACAGGAGAAUACACCCCUGCCCCAGGGCCCUGCCAUCCCAGUCUCUGGCCCAGUGCGCCUAGUGGUGCUGGGACCCACAUCGGGGAGCCCCGAGACUGCGGCCACCGUGCUCCUGACCCCCCUGGCCCCUGCGCCAACUCCCGAGGGGUCACAACCUGAAGUCCCUGCCCAACAGGCCCGGAACGGUCUGGGCGCAGUGCUGGGAGCGCUGCAACGCCGGGUGCGGAGGCUGCAACGGUGCCAGGAGCGGCACCAGGCGCAGCUGCAGGCCCUGGAACGGCUGGCACAGCAGCUGCAUGGGGAGAGCCUGUUGGCACGGGCACGCCGGGGUCUGCAGCACCUGACAACAGCCGAGACCCUUGGACCUGAGGAAUCCCAAACCUUCACCAUCAUCUGUGGAGGGCCUGACAUAGCUGUGGUCCUUGCCCAGGACCCUGCACCUGCCACAGUGGAUGCCAAGCCGGAGCUCCUGGACACUCGGACCCCCAGUGCAUAAGGAUCAAGACAGACAAUGUCGAGGGACAGAAGAUAGAAGAUGGAGGAGGAAAGACAUUACACAUGGGCUUGGCCCAGCCCCACCGCCCACGCCUGGGUAGUAGCAGUGCCUCCCUCAAGGGCCUGGGUUCUACCACCCCACUCCUAGGGAUCUCUUGAACCUUAGGGGUGACCUGGGCCCAAGUCUCUCAUCAGCCCCCAAUCCCCUGGGUACCAGGCUUCUGCCAUCCCCAGCUCAGAUCUUUGCAAAUCAGUACAACAGCCUGAGAGCAGAGCAAGGGUUGUUUGGGAGAAUCAUACCUGGUUCUAAGGAGCCCCAUGCUUUUUGUCAAGCCUGGUACUGAGUUCACAAUACCAUGGUGGACACAGCUGAGAAAAUCUCUGCCCUCAUGGUGCUCAUUCUACUUGAGUAGACGAUGAACCAGUAAACAAAUAAACAAGAACACUGCAGACAUGAGCAAUGAGUGCUAUAAAGACAACAAAAAUUUGGUUUGGGCCUGGGGGAGGGCCCUCUAAGGCCAUGUUUUAGCAGAAACGUGGGUAAUCAGACGGGGCUGGCCUGGAGGGCUACAGGCUCAGGUUCCAGAGGACGAACAACCCCUGCAGAGAGAGCUACCUGUCUGGGGUGUAUCAGGUCUGGGAGGCAGUGUUGCUAUGGAGAAAACCAUAGUAGGGAAGGGAGGAAGGGGUGCAGUUUUAGAGCAGAGAAAGUGAAAAGAAACCAACAAGUAAGAUCCUAAAACAGGGCAGAGAGGGAGCCAUGUAGGGAUUUGGAGGAAGAGCACUCCAGGCAUCACAAAGAGCCGUUGCAGGCCAUGCACGGUGGCUCACGUCUGUCAUCCCAGCACUUUAGGAAGCUGAGGUGGGCAGAUCACCUGAGGUCAGGAGUUAGACCAGCCUGGCCAACAUGGCGAAACCCCGUCUCUAAUAAAAAUACAAAAAUUAGCUGGGUGUGGGGGCACAGACCUGUAAUCCCAGCUACUUGGGAGGCUGAGGCAGGAGAAUCACUUAAACCUGGAAGACAGAAGUUGCAGUGAGCAGAGAUCAUGCCACUGCACUCCAGCCUGGGGAACAAAGUGAGACUCCCAUCUCAAAAAAAAAAAAAAAAAAAAGCCAGUGCAAAGGUCCUGGGGUAGGGAGAAGCAAGGAGGCCAGUGUGGCUGGGGUGGAGUGAACAAAAGAGGGUGAGAGGAGGUGAGUGCAGAGAUGAUGGGGCAGGUUCACAUAGGCCCUUGUGGGCCACGGCUGAGAGCCUUGGCUUCUACCUGGAGUGAGGUGCAGCAGGCAGACCCCUCUGACGGAAGGAAGGCUCCAAAGUGACAGGUGUUCAUGGGUCCUUGUGGUUGCAUGUUGGAGGAGGACGGGGACAGCAGGGAAGAGGCUGCUGCCAUAGUGCUGGUGGCAGAUGAAGGAUGGACCAAGAUGAGGGCCCAGGGAGGCGGUGGGGAGAGUGAGAUCCUGGAAAUCUUUUGGAGACGGAGCUACUGGACCUGUGCAUUAGAAGGAUGAGGUGUUCAAGGCUGUCACCCAGCCCCAUCCAGGCUGGGAUGAUUUGAGGCAGAGCAGGCUACAGCUCCAGGUGGGAAGCCAAGCCAUGACAAUGGAGCCAGGACUCUGGGCUGGCUUCAGGAGGCCUCCAUGGGGGAGAUACAGGUUCCAAGAGAGUUGGAGGGGUCAAUCGGCAGAUCUGUUUCCCAGACACUGCUAUAGGCAUGUAGCAUGGUGAUUAAGAAUCAAAGCUGGGCACGGUGACUGGUGCCUGUAAUCUCAGCGCUUUGGGUGGCUGAGGCAGGAGGACCCCUUGAGGUCAGGAGUUCAAGACCAGCCUGGGCAACAUGGCAAAACCCUGUCUCAAAAAAAAUUCUCCGGACGUGGUGGCAUGCACCUGUGGUCUCAGCUACUCAGGAGGUUGAGGUGGGAGGAUGGCUUGAGCCUGGGAGUUUGACGCUGCAGUGAGCCAAGAUCGCAACACUGCACUGUAGCCUGGGCGACCCUGUCUAGGAAAAAACAAAAAUAAAAAUCGGACUUUACAGAC